AUGAGCGUCAUCAACCUCACCGCAGUCGACGUCCUGAACAACCCGGCGCCGUUCUCCGAGCCGCUGCAAUUCCAGAUCUCCUACGAGUGCCUGAGCAGCCUGCCGGACGAUGUGGAGUGGAAGGUGACGUACGUCGGGAGCGCGGAGGACGAAAGGCACGACCAGGAGCUGGAGUCCAUCCUGGUCGGACCGAUGCAGCAGGGCGCUUUCCGCUUCGUCCUCGAGACUCGCGCACCGGAGCCCGCGAAGAUCCCCGAGGACGACCUCGUCGGCACGACCGCCGUCAUCCUCACCUGCCACUACCGCAACCAGGAGUUCGUGCGCGUGGGGUACGUCGUGGUGAUCGACUACGAGGACGAGGAGCUGCGGACGAACAACCCGAAGCCGCACGACCCCUCGCGGCUCGUGCGCCACGUCAUCGCCGACAAGCCGCGGGUGACCAAGCACAACAUUGCGUGGGGCGAUGAUCCCGAGGGGCUGGCGAUGCCGACGCCGACGAUGGAGCAGGAGGGGUGCGAGAUGGUCGAGGAGGACGCGGGCGACGCGAUGGACGACGCGGCGGCGCCCAGCGCGGCGGUGGGCGGCAUGGACAUGGAGUGA